AAGGAAUUAAAGAGGCAGCCCUAAGCGGGAGGGGAUUUACUCCAGCAGAGCAGCUCAGUGUAGCACAGCCCACGGAGCAGAGGGCAGCACAAACCCGGAGCUGACGGCGCGGACGGACGUACACAAGGAUAAAAAAAUGACCCUCAACAACGUUACCAUGCGUCGCAGCCACCACAGCAGCCUGCAGCAGCAGCAGCAGCGAUGGAGCAUCCCCGCUGAUGGGAAGAACCUGUUGGUCCAGAAGGACUCCAACGAGUACAAUGCGCAGAAGCGAUACACCAUCAGCCCCGAUGAAUACUACAGAAGGAGCUGGUCCUCGGAGUCAUCUGACUCUGUAAUCUCCUCUGAGUCUUGCAGCAACUGCUACAGAGUGGUGCUGAUUGGGGAGCAAGGUGUGGGCAAGUCAUCUCUGGCCAACAUAUUUGCAGGGGUACACGACAGCAUUGACAGCGACUGCGAGGUGCUGGGAGAAGACACAUAUGAAAGAACCCUGAUGGUGGAUGGGGAGAGUGCAACCAUUGUACUGCUCGACAUGUGGGAUAACAAGCGUGAAGGAGAAUGGAUUCGAGACCACUGCAUGAAAGUGGGAGAUGCCUACUUGAUUGUCUACUCCAUCACAGACCGAGCAAGCUUUGAGAAAGCUUCUGAACUCAGAAUACAGCUCCGCAGGGCUCGGCAGAGAGAAGAUAUUCCCAUUAUUUUGGUUGGCAACAAAAGUGACCUUGUCAGGUGCCGCGAAGUUUCAGUAGCAGAGGGCCGAGCGUGCGCUGUUGUGUUUGACUGCAAGUUUAUCGAGACCUCGGCAGCCGUGCAGCACAACGUGAAAGAGCUCUUUGAAGGCAUCGUGAGGCAGGUGCGGCUCAGGAGGGACAGCAAGGAAAAGAAUGAGAAGCGGCUGGCUUACCAGAAACGAAGGGAGAGCAUCCCGAAGAAAGCCAGGCGGUUCUGGGGCAAAAUAGUUGCCAAGAACAACAAGAACAUGGCCUUCAAACUCAAGUCCAAGUCUUGUCAUGACCUAUCAGUACUUUAAGAACUUUGGACUCUGCCAGAGCUUGCGGCAUUUUGUGGACAUUAUCGAACUAUGUUGUGGGAAAUAAUCUAUAUUAGAUUGGGGUAUGAAAAUGACUUAGAUUCACAGUUGUGAUUGUGACGAUACGUGCUGACAUAAGAACAGCACAGUGCAUGGAAAUAUCUCUCUUUCAUUUUCUUUGGUAGUUUUAUAAGAAAAGUAUACACCAGAAUGAUCCAAAAUUGUGCUGGGAAAGCGUUCCGGCAUAUACCUAUUUCUUCUCCACUCACCUUUGGAUAGUAGCUUACGAACCUCAAACUGUCAUGACUUGGGAAGUGAAUACUACGCUCUUUACUCUUUCUCACUGUAAUUACUCUUUUUAUUUUUAUUUUUUUCUUUUUUGAAAAUUGUGUAAAGAAUUGAGGAACUGACUAGGCAUUGAUCCCUCGCCAAUUGGCUGGUCAGGCUUGAGCACCCACAGCUGAAAAUAUGCAUUGUUGUAGAAUAGCCAUCCAAACACUUCUUUUUAUUAUUUCAAGGAUUGGUUUCAAUGAGUUUACACAUCUCUUACUAUGAAAAUAUUUAAAGGAAAAAUCCUAUAGUCAAAUAAAUUUUCCUCUCAUAUUUCUAUAUUAGGGGCCUGUUUAAAACUCAUAGUCAAAAUGAAACUAAAGCACAAGCAUUAUCAAAGUACAUCAAGUGCAGGAUGCCAAACCUUUAUAAAUCACCUGAGCUUUUUUAAGAAACCACACAGACUUCUUGUAUCCAGUCUUGGCCUUUCUCUAUGCUAGAGCUAUGCUGUAUUUAUUGUUGUGCAAAGUAACAAGCAUUUUAAUGUUGAGGGGAAAUGUAUUUAUUACCAAGUUUCUUAAAGAAUAAUGUUAAUUUUAUUACUAUUUUCUAUCUAAUAUCUUUUUUCAGAUAUGCAAGUUUUUACUUACAUGCCUUGUAAUAAAACAAAUAAAAUGUAUGACUGCC